AAAUAAUGUUCCCGCUUGAAGCUCAAGGUAGUGCCGAAAGUAAAAUACCUCCAUAGUUUAACAACAUGAAGGAGUGGGGGUGAAUAUAUAUAUAUUCAAGGAAUUAAAAGCACCUGUGUACAGCUUUUACGAACAUUUGGAAGCGGUCACCUUUGGCGACGAUGUUCGGGAAAACCAAAAUUGAAGUUUAAGUAUUUCCUCUCCAAAAGUAAACUUGCAAGGUGACACUACCAACACUAAAUUUUCCUCUCGUGUAAGAAUCUCAUAAAUUUUAUAGCAUAAUCCUGAAAACAAAAGUGAAUGAAGCAAGAUUCGCUUUCAAGUCUCUCAUGGUGGAUUAAAAGUUCAGUGAAAAAUGUUCAGUGCAUUUAUGAAACAAUGGCCUCAGUACUUUGCAGCAAUAACAGCAACUCUCUCGAUGAUGAUACUUGGCACCAAUGUUGGAUGGACUUCCCCAAUUAUUCCAAUGCUAAAAUCUCCCGAUUCCCCUUUUCCAGUGACAUCAAACGAAGCAGCAUGGAUCACAUCUUUUCUAAUGCUAGGGUCCCUUCCUGGAUGUAUUUUAGCUGCGCUUAUAGUCGAUAGGAUAGGAAGAAAAGCCAGUUUAUUAGUAGCCAACAUUCCUCUUCUUGUAGGGUGGAUUUUAAUCUUGAUAGCCUGGCAUCCUUAUGUUCUUUAUGUCUCCAGAUUUAUCAGUGGAAUCGGAAUGGGAAGUGUUUAUGUUCUAUGUCCCAUGUACAUAUGUGAAAUCGCUGAUAAAAAUAUCAGAGGAGCUUUAGGAUCAUUUAUCAAAUUAAUGAUGACCAUUGGAGAACUUUAUGGACAUGCAAUUGGACCUUAUGUCUCCUACGCUGUUCUGGGUUACUCCUGUGUUAUCAUCCCGAUAAUAUUUUUUGUUUCUUUCGUCUGGAUGCCGGAGUCACCAUAUUAUCUUCUCAUGCAGGAUAAAAGACCUGACGCUGAAAAAAGCCUUAGAAGACUAAGAAGAUAUAGUAAGGAUGAAGAAUUAUAUGAAGAGAUUAACGAAAUGUAUAAAACUGUGAUCAACGAUAUGUCCAAUAGAGGUCAUUUCUGGGACCUUUUUAGCACUACAGGAAACAAGAAGGCUGUUUUAAUCUGCUUCGGACUUCAGUUCAUUUUACAAUUCAGUGGUCUGGCUGCCAUUGAAUCGUAUACUCAGGAAAUUAUGGAAGAAGCAGAAACGGAAUUAUCUGCAGCACUAGCAGUAAUAAUUCUAGGAAUCUUUCAAUUAGCUUCAGGAAUUGGUGCAGCCGCCCUGGCGGAUAAAGCAGGAAGAAAACCACUGCUCCUGAGCACGACUUUCCUAGCCGGAGUUACGCUGACCAUCAGCGGUGUUUUUUGCUACCUAAAGCACCACCAAGAGCUGGACAUGAAACCAUACGGCUACUUAUUAGUUUCCUCUGUCAUUUUUUACGAAUUGAUCAUCGCCCUAGGUUUAAGUCCUCUCGCCUACAUGAUGCUAGGCGAACUUUUCUCCACGAAUGUCAAGGGCAUCGCCGUAUGCUUAGCCAAUCUCUGGUCCUGUCUCUUGGCUUUCGUAGUUUCCAAACUUUUUCAAGUCGUAUCAGAUGCCUCAGGUAUCGACGUUUCUUUUGCAUGGUUUGCCCUCACUUGCUUCUUCGGAAUCGCAUUUAUUGCUAUCUACGUUCCUGAAACCAAAGGAAAGUCCCUCGCCGAAAUUCAAGAUGAACUCAAUUUUGGGAAAAAGAAGCCUAACCAUGUCGAAAUUAUAGUCCCGUAGGAAUAAUUUCAAAUAGCAUUAUGAUAUUUUUAAUCUGUUAUGUGUUGAUUUUUAAUAAGUUAUUUUAUAGUCACUAGAUUACUUAUUACAAAAACGCAAACGAAAGACUGUUAGAUAAUAUUCGUAGGAUAUUAAAUCCUUCCCUGGUAAAAAAUCAUAGUAGAAAGUUCUUUCUGAAGCUAUCAAAUCAUUUCCAUUUCUUUCCGAAAAUUUCUGAUAAAAAUUAAUAUAAGGUUUUUAGCUAAAAUGCUGUUAAAUUAAUUUAUAAUCAAUUUACAAGCUUCCGAGAGAAAAUAGUAAGCGAACCUAUCCGAAAUCUUUUACCAGGGUCCAAUAUGUGAUAUGUAAAAUCAAAUAAUAAUAUUGAUUUCUUUUUGCAUUAAAGCAUUAUGUUUAUUUUGAUACUUGUACAAUAUUAUACUUUUUCGCAAGUAACAAUAAUCUCAUUCGAAUUACGUGUAAUUAUUUAGUAGACUCGUUAAAUAAAGCUCGAGUAGCGUUCGCUUUUUAAAAAAAGAUAUGGAUUGUUGCUAAAGGCAAAGAGAAGUUCAGACAGAUAUGUACUUAGCUGAAAAUUUGUUUACUACAACCCUCUUUUUUGAACUUUUCAUUUUUUGUCGUCAAAGAAAAACAAAACUUAACUAGCACUAAAUAAAAUACUCCACUCCGAUUU